GGCGCUGCUGGGCAAUGUGGUAUUGAAGUUCAUUGUUCUGUCCAUCUCUUUCGCUCUAAUGUUGAUUCAUCCAUUGAAAUGUCCCGUCUCUCGGUUCGUCUCAUGUUUUUUCGUUUAAUUCGCAAUAUAUAGACACUUGACACUGAAUUACACACCAAUAGUCAAUUUCAAUAAAUAAAUGUGAAGUAAUUCCCCGUCUGACAUAGGCUGUCUGUGUGCGUUUAUUUGUUUACUGUACUCUCUAAGUGAGCGAAAUCCAAAUAAUUAACAUUCUUAAUCAAAAAAAGUCAGAACCAAAAUAAAUUUCAAGUUUGAACGGGUGUGAAAUCAAUUGAAUUAAUCGAUCAAAAUGGCUAAAAUGGCAUUUCAACAUCAGGCGGGCACUGCCAUGGAGUGUCUUAGUAUUCCGAUCGUAGUCCAUAAAGAAAUGGAUUACGAUGCCGAAGGCAAAGAAGUGCUAAAAUGUGGCUUUAAAAUUGGUGGUGGAAUCGAUCAAAACUAUAAGAAAAGCCCACAAGGAUACACAGACAAUGGCAUCUAUGUGACCGAUGUGCAUGAGGGCAGUCCAGCAUCUCGAGCCGGUUUGCGUAUGCAUGACAAGAUCUUGCAAUGUAAUGGAUACGAUUUUACAAUGGUCACGCACAAAAAGGCCGUCAGCUACAUUCGAAAGCAUCCCGUUUUAAAUUUGCUGGUGGCUAGAAAAGGUGUCACAUCGACAUAAAUACGCUACACAGCCCAGAUGAUUCAGCGUAAAUAGAGAAAUAAAGACCGAACAUCGAGCGCAUCGAUUAUCCAUCCAUAAAUCCAAAUGAAGCGAUGAAACAAAUCAUAAGAAAAGAGAAAAAAAUAUAUCAGCGCACAGAGAGUUAAGCUAAAGACAAAGUACUAAACGAAUUCCAGAUUUAUACACAUAGAGAAAAGAGAGAGAGAGAGAGAAAAGAAAACGUGUAUUAUUAUUGUUUUCCGAAUGGUGUGUUUUUUUAUAAUUUUCAAAUUUUAUACUUGUAGUAAAUUAUAUACAAAAUGUGUAUGUGUGUUACAUUCUAAAGAAAACUAGAAAGAAAUAGGAAUUUUUUUUGUCGAAUUUUUUGUUCGUUUAUAGGGAAUUUACAGAUAAUUUUUCUUUAAGCCUAAGUAGUAUUAAAUGAAGAAAAAUAAGAAGAGAAGAAAAGUGAAAAUGAGAAUGAAUUAGCUUAGAAAUGGUGAAUAACAAUUCAAAGCAUCUCCACAAAUACCUUUUUGCAUAUUGAUUAAGCAUUGAUUAAUAUUAUCAGAUUUUUUUUUGUUUAGAAUUCUAUCGUUUACAUUCAAAGAGAAUAUAAAUGCAAAUAUGUUUAAGAUGAACUGUUAAAUUAUUAUCCUCCUCCACCUGCUCCUCAGUGCAUAUAAAACGAAUGAAAGAAAAAACAAUAACAUAAAAUGUAGACGAAUUUUUGCUCGUCCAACUUAUAUUUUUCAACUUAUUUUCCUCCAAAAAAUAAAAACUCUUCCAGUGAAGUUCUCUCACACGUUUUGAGAAUAUUAUUUCAGUACUGUGACAGUAAACAAUUUUCUUUUGUUCAUUCCAUUUUGAAUUGAAAUAAAAUGAAAAUAUCCA